AACCCCAUUACACAAGAGGAAGUUGACGCCGCUUUUACCAGUUUUAAAGCAUAUCAAAGCUGCCGUCAAAAAUGGAGAAAACGUUUAGUGAGUGUAAGAAGCGGUGUCUCAACAAAUGUGACAUUAGUAAAAAGGGAAAUGUGGAUGAAGACAUUGUCCACUUGGUGUCUUUGCUCAAUAGCUGCGAGGAGUAUUUCACCACUAGUUCAUGCUCAGGACGCAUUACUGUAAUUGACACGGCUCUUGAAAAUGGUGGUGUACAGAAGAAGAACCUUGUCUGGCUGUAUGUCUCACAUACAAAGUGCAAAUUUGAUGAUGUGGUGUCUGCUCUGGCCCUCUCCUGUGGAAGUGCCGUGCUGAAGUUUGAGCCAUUUGUGCUCCAUGUUCAAUGUAGGACACAAGAAGAUGCACGGUUGAUGCUUUCUGCAGCUGUGCAGUCUGGCUUCAGGAACUCCGGUCUCACUUUGGGCAAGACCGGGAAGAUCAUCUUGGCAGUCCGCUGUACCCAUAGCUUGGAGGUUCCGCUCAGUCACCAAGGCAAUCUUUUGGUUUCACAUGAGUAUAUAGAUUUCUUAAUUGGGAUAGCCAAUCAAAAGAUGGAAGCGAAUUUAAGACUAAUUGAAAGGUUUUACCAGAGCAUCCAGACAACUGUGAUGAAAAAAAGCACCGAAAAACUACAAAACAAAAAAGACAAGAAUCAAUCAGUUGUGUCUGAGCAGAGGCAAGAACUAUGAUGUCUAUAUCUGUUUUUCUCCCUGUACAUAAACGAUCUUCUCAAAACAUGCAAUAACGUGAAUUUUCAAAUUUAUGCAGAUGAUGCUGUAAUUUACACUGAUGCAAGGAGCGUUAAAGAGGCAGCUUCUGUUCUGAUAUUAUCCAUGGGGCAAAUAAAUUACUGGCUUUUAAAAUCAUGUUUGCUUCUCAGUUAAAAAAAAAAAAAAAAAGUCAGAUUUUUCAAUUUUUUCAAAGCGAUCAAAAGAAAUAACAUGUAAAAAUGUAUUGUAUGCACAUAAAUGUAUUUAUAUGUAUUUA